AUGCAGCUAUACAAUGUGUUCGCCUUCCCCAUAGUUCGUGACCAGCUGAUUGCCAAUACAGUAUUGGUCGCUGUGGCCACGUUGUUCGUCAUUUUGCGAGGCAUCUCACGGAAAAUUCGACAAAGUGCGAUUGGAUGGGACGAUGCAUGCUGUCUCGGCGGAUUGUUGCAUACAUACGGUAUGCUGGCAAUGCACUACCACUAUGCUCGUGUAGGCAUGCGACAACAUGUCACAGCAAUUCCCCCGGAAAACACAGUGUUGAUCGCCAAAAUGCUGAUCAUCUACCAAAUUGUCUACUACAACGCCAUGGUGCUCGCAAAGUUCUCGUACCUGUUCUUUUACUUGCGAAUCUUCGUGAGUAAGGAAUUUCGAGUCCUCACCUGGAUCUGCAUGGGAUGCGCCGGUGCCUAUUGGACCGGUAGCGUUCUCCAGGUCUUCCUGAUUUGCACGCCUUUCGAACGAAACUGGAACCCAUUACUCCCUGGUCAUUGCGCGAGUCAGAACGUCGCAUUCUCGACGAUUGGCGCAUUCAAUCUCGUUACAGAUGUCAUGAUCAUGGCACUGCCUAUACGCUUCAUCUGGAAGUUGCAGAUGUCUGUAGGAACAAAGAUGGCGUUGUAUGGUAUAUUCGGAUUGGGGAUAUUCAUCUCUUCCAUCACUAUUAUUCGUAUUCGAGUUCUUACAACCGUGGACUUCAACGAUCUCCCCUACUCCAUGAUCUGGGCUGCAUUUUGGAGUGUGACCGAACCCGCUCUCGCCAUUGCAAAUGCAUGUGCGCCUAUGCUACGUCCUAUCCUUAAGGCUGCAUUUCCGAAACUUUUUGCUAGCAAGGCCAAAUAUUCCACACAGCCAGCUAGCGGACCGAUUGCGAGCAAGAGUAACUCAUCGAAGCGGAUGUACGGCAUCGACGAGGAGGACAGUGAAUAUCCACUCACAAGAUUGGGUCAAGAGCCUGGACUUGCGGACACACGGUCAUUGAAUGAGCAAUCGCAAGAUGGCCGUUCACAGCAUGCACCACACUGA